CUUCGAAACACACGCUUCACUUUCGCUUCGCCUUCGCUUCGCACGCGCUUCGCCACGGCAUGUCCGUGCGCGCGGAACCGUCCGACGGCAUGUCCGCUUGGACGAGCUUCGCCAUGACUGGACCAACGAGCCUUCGCUUGCCAGAGUCUGGAGGCCCAGGCGCCCAGGCUGGAGAUGGGGGAGCUCGGGGUGGGAGUUGGGAGAUGGCACUUCUUCUUCUCUUUUUUUUGGCAUGCUGAUGUUUCGCCGUUUUCUUUGUUCUUAUCUUAUGUUCGCUUGUUUGUUUGUUUUUAUUUGUUUUUAUUUAUUUGUUUGUUUGUUUGUUUGCUUGUUUCUUUGUUUGUUUGUUUGUUUUCUUGUUUGCGUUGCAUUAAUUUUUCUCUUUGUUUUCUAGCCACUGGCAAUUCUUCCAAGCACACUCCUGAUGCCGUUUUGCCGACACGAGACCACUUGGGGAUGGGUUGUUCAACAAACGACUGCCAUUCCAGAUCAACUGGCUGAGACGCCAAGAACAGAAAAUGAAUGCAAAUCCUUGGGAAAACCUUUCUUGACCAAGAGUGACAUAAAAAUGGGUGGUGCUGGCCAUUAUACCCGUUUGUUGCGGUUCAGGCAGUUAAGGAUAUGAGCGGAGUAAAUGUGUUUUCCCGUGAUGCAGCAACGAUCCUGUUGACAAUCAUGUUUCUGGUUGCGUGAAAAACCCCUCACGGUUCUCAUUCCAAACAAACGCGCUCCAUGCGGACGACCAAGCGCGAGCGCACGACGGGCACGACGACCAACGUGAAGCGCCAUCGACCGGCGGACUGAAGGCGAGUGUUUGAUGGAAAAGGCAAGUAAUUGGCGACUCUAGAUGAAUCACAAAUAACCUUUAAUCGCCCCCCCCUUUCUGAGACACGGAUGGUGGGCAACCUCUGAAAAAAAAGGCUUUGGGGGGCUUCUGUUCGAUCAUCAAGAGAGUGCAUGACUCCGAGCUGUGGUGUAUGUUGAGGGGAGACUGGAGACUCGGAGAGGCGUGGAAGAUGAUGAUCAAGCCCCUGAGGGGUGUAGAGUCCUCUCUGGUCGUUCCACGUGCGCGCGUGAGUUUCGCACGAGUCGAUGCCGGAGGGGCGCCAGGUUUGUUCCGUCGAUUUUAGACGUGGAAUGGCGAAAAGAGAGCCCAAGAUGAAUAGCUCGGGCCAUAGAUCUAUGUAGAACUGCUUUCACUUGUCAGGUUUACUUCUUAUGGCUUCUGGAGUAGAUCCGAAACCUCGCCACAGUUUUCUGAUUGAACUUUGGAGAAGUGCACCACUUCAUAAUAUUUCUUCCGGAGUGGAUCAUGAUCUGAAUUGAUGGAUCUGAAUAUACCGAUCUGGUACCGAUCUGGCUGAAGGCUCCAGCCUAGGUCCACUGGCAUGUUUUGCACGCUGGAAAGUCAUGAAACAGAGCUACCCACUGCUGGCAGGUUUGAAAGGAGUUGUGACUUAUGUGUGUGGCGAUCCGAAUGAAAGGAACAACCAUCAUGUUGGAUAGAGGAUCUUUCGCCACAAUGUGUGAGCUUUCAGCGAUUAGGUUUGAAGAUCUUGCUUGAAUUUUGUCGAUCAGUGCCAGGUCUUGCUGGAGGAGAAGAGAUGUGCCGUGUUUUAUUCCGAGAGGAUCAACAGUGACACGAGCAGACAGGAGGUGCAGCAGCUCAAAGACAAGCUUUCAGAACUUGAGGUGCGCAAGAGACACAUGCUCGACCAAGGCAUGAAGAUCUUACAAACCUAUACGCUGGCGACGCCCACGGAGGUGGAUGAGUGGGCACUUCCCCGUGCCGUGCCGACUUCGGGUGAUUCUGAGGGGCGGAACAAACGCGCACCACUGGAGGUAGUGAUGAGUGGCUGCUCCUCUUGGGCGUGUGAAAGGGCGAAGCCGGGGCUUCGCCACCUUCGCUCUACCACCAUUGGAUCGGACAUUCCCAAAGUUCCAAUGUUAGGAUGUUCGAUCAAACCAUACCUGGACUGUAGGAGGCAGUCCCUUAACAACCGUGUGAAGCCCGAACCAUCCCGUCUCCAAGGCUUCAUUUUUUUCACACUUCGGACGCAGUUCCCUGCUUAUUCCGUUCCAAUCCAUCCGAGAUCUAGGAGCUCGCCUUUGAAUGGGCGCGUCAUCUGCGUCCGUUUCCCACCCGGCGACCGUUGCCGAACGCCGAGACUCCGCGCGCCCCGGUGGCGGAGGUGAAAAGAA